AUGCAAGAAGCUGUUGAUGGGUUAAAUGGAUGGGCAGAUACCAAUAAAAUGGCUUUGAAAAAAAAAACAAAGGAUAUGUGGCUUUGUUUCACUGAUUCAAUCCCAGAACCACCUCGCAUCCAAAUUAAUGACGAAGAAGUAGAAAGGGUAAACAGUUUCAAGCUCCCGGGUUUAUCAUGCCAAAAUGAUCUUAAAUGGAAUGAACAUGUAGACCAAAUUACAUGUAAAGCAAACAAGAGAUUAUACCAUCUUAGACAGUGCAGAAAAUCCCAAUUACCACCAGAGGUUGGAUUGACAACUUCCAUAUCCAAAAUUAGACCAGUAUUAGAGUACACAUCGCCUGUUUGGGCAGGAAUUCCAGAAUAUUUACAACAAGAAAUUGAACGUGUACAGACGAGGAGCCUGAAAAUUCUUGAUCUGGACAGAGACUAUCUGCCUUCUUUAAGAAGCAGGCGUGAAUUAACAACCAUCCGAAAGAUCAGAACGAUUCCAGCGGAACCAACCCACCCUUGCCAUACCUUACUGCCUGGUCCUAGAGAAUACCCAUCUGAACUUAGACAAAAUCAUUUUGACACAGUUUUAUCUAGAACCGAGAGGCAUAAGCAAUCUUUUAUUGCAAGAUCUGGUUAUAUAAAUCUGAUAACAUUCAACUUUUAA